GCCAGCUGUCGACUUGGAAGUUCCGGGGAAGGAACGCAUGCGCGAGGGUACGCGUUGCCGGCGAGAGGGCAGCCUGACGACUCGGAAAUUUGAAUACCACAGUAGCAUGGAGUGUGACCUCAUGGAGACUGACAUCUUGGAGUCGUUGGAAGAUCUAGGUUACAAGGGCCCAUUGUUGGACGAUGGUGCACUGUUGCAGGCAGUCUCUGCUGGAGCCGCUUCCCCUGAGUUUACCAAACUCUGUGCUUGGCUGGUGUCUGAAUUAAGAGUCCUCUGUAAGCUAGAAGAAAAUGUGCAGGCAACUAACAGUCCAAGUGAAGCUGAAGAAUUCCAGCUUGAGGUGAGUGGGCUACUUGGGGAGAUGAACUGCCCGUAUCCUUCUCUGACAUCUGGGGAUGUAACCAAGCGCCUUCUUGUUCAGAAGAACUGCCUCCUUUUGCUCACAUACCUCAUCUCAGAACUAGAAGCUGCCAGAAUGCUCUGUGUGAAUGCACCUCCAAAAAAAGCUCAAGAAGGAGGCGGUAGUGAGGUCUUUCAAGAGUUGAAAGGCAUAUGUAUUGCUCUAGGAAUGUCCAAACCUCCAGCCAAUAUAACUAUGUUCCAAUUCUUCAGCGGGAUUGAGAAAAAAUUAAAGGAAACAUUAGCAAAAGUUCCACCUAAUCAUGUGGGAAAGCCGUUAUUGAAGAAGCCGAUGGGACCAGCCCACUGGGAAAAGAUAGAAGCCAUUAACCAAGCCAUAGCCAAUGAAUAUGAAGUCCGGAGGAAGCUGCUAAUCAAACGUUUGGAUGUCACUGUCCAGUCCUUUGGCUGGUCUGACAGAGCUAAGAGUCAGACAGAAAAAUUAGCUAAGGUUUACCAGCCAAAGCGUUCAGUCUUGUCUCCUAAAGGUAAUAUUUCUGUUGCUCAUCUUUUGGCCGCCAGACAAGAUUUGUCAAAGAUUUUAAGGACAAGCAGUGGGUCCAUAAGAGAAAAGACUGCCUGUGCCAUUAAUAAGGUGCUGAUGGGCAGGGUGCCCGACAGAGGUGGCAGACCUAAUGAAAUUGAACCUCCGCCCCCAGAGAUGCCACCGUGGCAGAAAAGACAAGAUGGCCCCCAACAGCAAGCAGGAGACAUUGUUCUCCACAUUGAGAAGCUCCUUGACCCUCAAUUCUCAAGAUAA